UUACUCCUCUCUCUCUCUCUCUCUCUCUCUCUCUCUCUCUCUCUCUCUCUCUCUAUUUAACAACCAUAUAUGAAUCCCCCCCCCUCCUGCAGCCCAGCGUACUUUGUGGUAGUUUUCAUUCACUCAGACCAAACCAAACACCAGACCCUUCUUUAACUCCACUCCCUCACACUCUUCUCUCUCCUCUCUCUAUUAUCUACUCUUGAUCUGGCCACAUUGUCCGGCGCCUGCCAAAGAGAAUCUUGCUGCAGAUAACAAACAAGAAAACAUGGUACAGUCGAAGAAGUUCAGGGGCGUCAGGCAGCGCCACUGGGGCUCCUGGGUCUCCGAGAUUAGGCACCCUCUCCUGAAGAGGAGGGUGUGGCUGGGCACCUUCGAGACGGCCGAGGAAGCCGCCCGCGCCUACGACGAGGCUGCCGUGCUGAUGAGCGGCCGCAACGCCAAGACCAACUUCCCCGUCAACAAGACCCCCUCCGGGGACGCACAGCCUUGCAGAGAAAACCUCAACUCCUCCGCGGCCUCCGCCACCAACCUGUCUGAGAUCCUCAGCGCCAAGCUCCGCAAGUGCUGCAAGACGCCAUCCCCGUCGCUCACGUGCCUCAGGCUCGACACCGAGAAGUCGCACAUUGGCGUGUGGCAGAAGCGCGCCGGCGCCCGCGCCGACUCCAACUGGGUCAUGACCGUCCAGCUCAGCAAAGUCGGCGAGCAGGUCACCUGCGAGGCCACCACCACCACCACCACCACCACCCCGCCGGUUUCAUCCGCCUCGGAGGCCUCCAACGUCACGCAAGGGUCGACCGUGACGAGCAGCGCCAUGAUCGACGAGGAGGAGAGCAUCGCGCUGCAGAUGAUCGAGGAGCUUCUCAACAGGAACUGCCCUGUUCCUCCCCCUUCACGUGCCGAGCCCCUGCAAAGUGCGGUGGACAACCUCUAAAGUAUUAGAGAUUUGGUAGGUUGAUGUGUGGGUUGGUGUGCUCAAUUCGAGUUAAUUAAGAUAGUUUGUAUAUGCAUCAUGCCUCUUUGAUGGUAAUAGCUGUCUAUUGAGGUAUAUUAUAUAGCUUUCAAAAAUAGAUGACCUCCUCUAAAAUCUCUAUUCUAUAGGUAUAAAGUGGUCGCUCUCAAGUGUCAACAACAAACACGUGAGAGCUUAUUAGCGUUGGUAUAUGCAUGUCAUUAUGGGCGCCUAUGUAAGAAAAUAAAAGGGUUUGUAAUUAAUCAUUUCGUGCAGUGAUAGUUGAGUUCCUAAUUCUAAUUAAA